AUGACGGAGACUGAUGAUAUUCAUAGCGAUAGCGCUAAGGAUGUUGCUGCUAAGCUCGCUCAGCUCGAUGAGAAGCUUCAUGUUGAAGAGAAGAUAAAGGAUGGCGCUGAGAAUCUAUUGCAGGUCUUCGAUACAGCUCAAUCAGAUCAUCAGGAAAUGCUUAGGAGGCAAGUUGAAGAAGCACUCACUAAAGCAAACAACAAUAUAAACAAAUUUACAAAGGAUAUUGAAUAUCUUAAACUUAUACCAAAUACCCCACGCAAAGAAACCCACAUCGACUCUGCUCGUCGGCGACGUGUUCAAGAUACUUUUAUAGAUCAUCAUAUUGACGAUUAUCGAACAGCGCAUAAUAAUGGAUUAUCUCUCUUAAACUCUCUCUUAAAUAUCAACGACUCUGCUGUUCAAUUUGACCCUGAUAGCUUAAUGUCUCGGCGGAUAGACGUCAUGGCUGGCCUCACUGAUGCUCUCAAACGAAGCUUUAGACUUAAGUAUGAACUUGAUCAGUCUGUUCUCAUCAACGGCGUCAAAGAAUGUUUGUCUGAUAGUGCAGGUGGUUUGGUGAGGACUGUCGCAUACAGACUCCUUAGGCACAGCCUCGUUGAUUACAGCUCAGCUCAGCUUUACAACUCUUAUGGCAUUAAUAUAUACCUCAUACGCUCACUCGCAAGAGACUCCUCAGAUCAACUCGAGAAGGAGCAGGCUGUCUUUUUCAUUAGAGCACUUGUUGAUCUCGGUAACCCGCAUGGUCUGUUUAUAGAUCAGUCCAUUGUCCGAGCAAUUAUUUCUAUAGCUGAAAAUGGUGAUGACUCUUUGCGUUAUUUCUGUUUGGAAUUGCUAGCAGAAAUAGCUAUCCUAGAUAUGGAGCUACUAUCUAAAUCUCAAGGCCUCAACAUUCUACUGUCAGCCUUGACGGGUUCGUCGCCUGACUUGGCUCAUUUCGCUCCCGUGGUUGCCUCUAUCUUCUGCUACACUCUCGAUCAUCCUUCAACACGCAAGUACAUCAAACCAGGUACCGAUUUAGAAGUCAGUAUGACCGCCUUUACGGAUGUUCCUUCUGCUCACUUCAAAGCCUCAAACGCCCGCAUUGAAAGACUCAAAUGCGCUAACAGCAUCCUUGUUGUCUUGCUGAAAAACUGGAGUGGACUCCUGUAUUUCUGCGUCAAUGACAGGAAUACUGUGCGCACCCUAAUUGAUGCUCUCCGAGUUCCUUCACAGGAGCUGAGGGAAGCUCUUCUUGACUUGAUGUUCGAGUUGCUCAUCAUCAAGACUCCGGAUUGGUAUGUUGCUUCACUCGAAGGUAGGCGGCAGACGAUGUACAAUAGAUCUACAGGUCAACGCAAAGCGCCAGAAAGAUCAGCUCAAGAUUCCGACAAGCCAGAGAAAAUUACGAUAAUUGAUCAUUACAUCGCUUUGCUUCUUGUGGUCUUGAUAGAUGGAGGGUUGAUUGAAGGGUUGACGGCUAUUGUUGAAGAGAAGAACCAAGUGCUUACACGCAAGGCAACACUAUUACUUGGUGAGCUUCUUCGCAAGGGUAAUAGAAUCUUACCUUCAGCAUACGCUGCCAAGCUUCAAACGCUUCCACGUCUGUUCGCUCUAGCUGCGGAAUACAGUGGUGAUCUUCGCUUGUCUGCUUGCUCAGCUCUCGCGACAAUAGAUCAUUUUAACAGAGUGAGGAAUAGACCUAUACCAGCUGCCACACGCGAUAGCCGAAAGCGUUCCAAUUCACUAGAUGAUCCAAUGCGCAGAGGUCAGCGACAAGUCGAGCAGGUUAAAAUGCGCAUUGGUAUGCAGAUAGACGAUAAAAAUUUUCAAGCUAUGUUGCUCGAGUCUCAAGUGCUGGUCACCAAGGAUAAUGUCAGAUGGAAUUAUGACGUCGUGUAUGAUCUCCUCGAAGGGCCGCUUCUCAAUCCUCGUCGUUUAGAAGAGGCUAUCAAGAAUACCAAGUUCAUCAAACGUCUCAUGUCCUUCUUUCAUCCAUUCAAUCUCCGAUUCUCUAAUGCCAAGAAGACAAAACCAAAUAUGAAAUGGGUACGAAUGGGCUGUCAGCUUGUCACCACUUUCCUCACCAGCGAAGAAGGAAGGAGGUACUUAGCUGAGGAUAAGUUGCUGAGACAAAUCGGUGAUUGCUUCUCGCAGCUCGAUCCUCUUCACAGCAACCAAGCUCUCGAUGGUGAACCUAUUUUUUCGCGUAACAGACUGGAGGACACUCUGUGUAUUGGAUACUUUGAGAUGAUUGGGACAAUCAGUAAAACGCCGGAGGGUAUCCAGUUGCUGGAAAAGCAUAAAAUGUUUACCUCAUUCUACCAUCUCAGUGAAUUACGUAGUCGCGAAGAUCUUAUCAAGGCUAUCAUUGAGAAGCUCGAUUAUUCAAAUUCUGGACACCCGCGUAUUAUUCUAUCGAAAGCUUUGACAGCAAGUUACAAGCACGUAAGACAAUUCGCAACCACUCAUCUUGGUGAAUUGAUCUUGUCAUCACCUAAACCAAACGAAUGGGCUCUCGAUUUACUCAUUACCCAGCUCUAUGAUCCAGCUAUCGAUAUAUGUGAAUUGGCAGUCAAAUAUUUAGAGAAGGUUUGCGAGUCAACUGAAAUACUUGAACUUGUGGUAAGCAUGAUGCCAAGUCUGGAUCACCUGGGAGAAACUGGACAUCCUCUCAUGCUGCGCUUUCUGUCCACGUCCGUUGGUUUCAAGUAUCUUCAACAAUCAGAUUACAUAGAUAGGGAAAUUGACGAUUGGUUCCAUGAACGAAAUGCACAUUAUGUGGUGCUGAUUGAGGUUUAUAUCUCACACGCACUUGGAAUGAGCUCAUUUGAUCAGUCUGAGGAGGCAAUCACAUUCGACGGCACUGUUCCGUCGCACUUUUACGGCGAGCUUACCAAAACAUAUGAGGGAUGUGAGUUUCUGGCUGAGAAAGGACAUUUUGCAGACUUUGCCGAAUUUAUAAGAAGACAUGGGUUUGAAAAUAGUGAUACCGAUCUGAUCAGCAAGCUGAAGAGUGUUUUGUGGGCAGUUGGUACUAUUGGAUCAACACCGCACGGGUUGCCUUUCCUUGAACAUGAAAGAAUUAUAGGAACUAUAGUCGAGAUAGCCGAACGGAAUGAGUUUAUCUCAGUUAAAGGUACAUGUUAUUUCGUACUGGGAUUGAUUGCAUCGACUGAAGCUGGUAUUACAAUCCUCGAACGCUUUGGUUGGCAGUCGACUGUUUCUACGCUUGGACAGCCGCUUGGAAUAUGCUUACCAAAGAAUCUCAACAAAUUUGUGCAUAUCCCAGAAUGGGAGGCGUAUACAAAUCGACAUGUACAAUCAGCCUUUGUUUUAGAGGAGCCGACAAAACCGAUUGAAAGGCAAAUAAUUGGUGUACUUUCUGAUCUUAGUAAUCAGCUAGUUGCAGGCGGGGCAUCGCGCUCGCUCGCCAAGUUGAAGGCACAGGACAAGGCACCGUUCAGGUCAAUAACAAUGCUGAGCAGAGCGCUGUAUCUGAUGGAGACAUUUCAUUACAGGGCUCCAGCUAGGAAGUGCAUAUUAGACGCUUUCGAUAUUGAAUUCAACGAUAGCACGGUGCGCGCUGUGAUGAAAGCUAGUCAAUUACUCAAAGAUGGAGGGAAAGAUGUCAACGUCGAUUUGCACGCUACGGAGAUGGCAGAAAUGAAAUGGAGAGAGGAAUUGAGCGAUAUAAUCAACGAUGAGGUUGGUGUGUUGUUGAAGAAAAAGUACAACACUGCAGAAUUCAACGAGAAAAACUUACUAGCUGCAAGUAUGGAUUCUGACCAGGAGAGCGCAGAUGUAAGGAAGGUGAGAGACAUUCGAGGUGACAAAGUGGAAAAGUUGGAGCCAAUCAACACGGUUAUCGGCGGCUUUGGGAGUGAGACAUCUCAGCCCGCACGUCAGCCGAGGUUGCAAGAGUGA